UCAUUUGUGUGUGACCAUGGACGGUAAAGAAUCAUCAUUUCGCAACUGGUCGCACAACUUAGUUUUCAAGUGGACUGCAGAAUUGUACAUUUAGAACAGUUACAAGAAAAUCGCAUGAAUUAAGAAGAUUAACCACCUUGAUAAUCUUUUCUCGAAUGAAGAACUUUUUUAAGAACAAAUGAAGACGGAAAGUGUGAUAUCAUGGCUUGCAUGUUUUUCUCUCGUUGCUAUACUGCACAUGAUCGGAGGUUAGCUAGCUUUUUUGGACGUUAUGGGCGAUUAAUAGCAAAGUAUCCAUGGCAUAUCGUUAUCUUAUCAAUCUUAAUUAACUUUCUUUGUGGUGUAGGCAUAAUAAACUUCGAAUUAGAAACAAAUAUAGAAAAACAGUACUUUCUGGAAAAUAGUCAAGCCUUCAAAGACAGAGAAUUUUUAAGAACACAGUUUCCUUCUUCAGAAAACAAUUUUCACGCAUAUUCACUGCCAGACUAUGGAUGCUUUGUUGAAGUCAUCAUUAAAUCAAAAAAAGGAAGAAACAUUUUCGAGAAGCCGGUACUAGCUGAAAUGAUUAACAUUGACAAUCUUAUCAGAAAUGAUAUUGUAGUGAAAGAUGGCAACAUUUCCACCUUUACAUUGGGAGAUGGCAACAUUUCCACCUAUACAUUGGAAGAUCUCUGCGCUAAGAAUAACAAAAGAUGUGUUGUAUUCGGGGAAGAGGUUCUACGUCCUAGUUUUGUCUCAGGCAUGGCAUCACAAAACGUCACGUAUCCACUUUAUAAUAAUAUCUUACUUUCAUCUAUACUUGCACAGACUUCAUUGAAAAAUGGCCACGUGAUUUCGGCAAAUAUGGUGAGACUAAGAUACUUUUUGUCGCAGAAUCCAAAUAGCACUGACAGGUUAUCGAAAUUAUGGGUGAAAGAAUUUAUCAAUCAUAUGGAAAAUUUUAAAACGAACGAGACGUCUGUUGUAUUUACGUAUUAUAAUGCUAUGGAGGACGAGAUAAGAAAGAGUGCGAUGGCGGAAGCACAUUUGUUUCCAUUAACAUUGCUAUUGAUGAUCGUCUAUGCUUCUAUAGCUACUGCUGGGAAAAGAAUUGACUGUAUCUAUGAUUUACAGAAUUUAGGACGGAUUGGUGUAUUUUGUGCUCUCAUUUCUAUGAUACCAGCAGUUGGAAUCGCCAGUGCUUGUGGGGUUAAAUUUAUGAAUUCUGCUGCAACCAUGCCGUUUCUUAUCAUUGGAAUUGGAAUAAAUGAUAUGUUUAUCAUUAUGUCUGGGUAUGCUGAGACAAUGGAUAAAGAAAAAAUGACCAUAGAAGAAAGAAUGAAGCGUACAUUGAUGACAAGUGGACUUGCCAUUACAGUUACGUCCCUUACUGAUGUCCUGACAUUUUUCAUUGGUUACACAUCUGCAUUCAACACAAUAAAGAACUUCUGUGUAUAUGCAGGAAUUGCAGUCUUCUUUUGUUAUCUAAACCAACUUACUAUUCUUGCACCUUGUCUGGUUAUACAUCAACGCCGGAUAGACAGAAUGAAACAUUCUUAUACAUGCCACGUGACAAAACCUAGAGAACAGCUUCUAAAAGAAGGAAGAUCAUCGUGUUAUGUUACAUGCUGUUCAGGCAAAAAACCAGUCAGCCGCUCAGAGACGGAGAGUAUUCUUGAAACUUACCCUAAACGUGUUGUUCAAUUUUUAGUCCAUAAUAAGCUUUCAAGAUUAGUUAUACUAGCUGUGUAUGCAUCAUAUCUCACUCUUUCAAUUCUAGGAGUGCAAUCUAUCAAGCAAUCAACAAAAUAUUCCGAUUUAGCCAUGGAAGGUUCUAAUUAUUACACAGCAAAUGUUUGGGACUAUGAUCAUUAUCCUCUAGAGUUACCUUUCCAAAUUGUGUUCACUGCACCUGUUCAUUAUGAAAAGAAAGAAAUACGAAAGUCCAUUGAUGAGUUAAUUCAGACGUUGAAAAAUAAUUCUUUAGUUCGAAAUGAUUUAGAAGUAAACUGGUUGUCAUCAUUCAUUCAAUAUGAUGGAGAUAAUAUUCAUGGAAAUAAUUUCUAUACAAGAUUAAAACAGUUUGUAAAUAUGACAAAAGUAUUCAAGAAUGAUGUAGUUUAUUCUGACGAUGAGGAAUCAGUUCUAUCAUCGAGAAUAUAUUUAUUUAGUAGAAAUGUUAGAACAACUGAGCUGCAAGCAGAAUUUCUUUUAUAUGUGAGAGCAAUUGCAGAGUCAUCAGGUUUACCAUGUACCAUAUACACACCUAUAUUUGUUUUCUGCGAACAAUACAUCACCUUGAUUAGCAGUACACUACAAACUGUAGGAAUUGCUGUAACAGCAAUGUUUAUUGUCACGUGCAUAUUUAUGCCUCAUCCUUCUAUUGUCUUGAUCGUCACAACUUCAAUGUUUUCUAUUCUACUUGGCGUUUUCGGAUUUUUAAAAAUCUGGGGGCUUGAUAUCAGUGUUGUAACCAUGAUAGAAUUAAUCAUUUCUGUUGGUUUUUCUGUUGACUUUAGUGCGCAUAUAUGUCACGCAUAUUUGUCAUCACCGUCACGUGAUAAACAAAGCAGAGUUAGAGAAGCCAUUGAACUUGCUGGUGGACCAAUUAUCAAUGGUGGAUUAUCAACAAUUGUUGGACUUUCUAUGUUACUUUUAUCUAAAAGUUUUAUAUUUAAAUCUUUCUUUAAAGUUUUAUUUUUGGUCGUUGCUUUUGGACUUCUUCAUGGGGUGAUUAUCUUGCCUAUAAUUCUUUCAUUUAUUGGACCAAAAGUUCGUAUAUUGUCAGAAGGGAAAGCCAAUGUCACCAUUCAGUCAUUAACUCACAAUAAAACAUCGGAGUCUGCAUUAAGACCAUUAGUUUUAAGUACAAAUGACAACUGUGAAGAUUCGGAAGAAACAAGGAAACACGUCAAACGUAUACAAAAUGGUUUAGAUAGGAUUUGAUUUGCAUCGAUACAAAUUAUUAAAUUUUGCUACAUUGUA